AUAAUAUAUUGGCUAUAUGGCAAACUCCGCAUAACGAGGUGUCGACUGACCAGUGCUGUGGAACACUUCAAGCCCACAAAGGCAAGAAAACGGUGAUACCACAUGGCACUGCGAGACCAUAAUAUGACUUGAUAAUACAUUACAUUGUAAUUAUAUCUUCCGCGCGGUAUUUGGAUGUUUGAAACGAUGCGAAGAACAAUGUCGAUAAUAUUCAAACUUGUGUUUAUUGGAUUGUUAGGCCACCAAACAAGGGGUGCAACAACUUGUGGUGUUGUUGAAUGUGAAUUCUGGGAAUAUCAAUGUAAUUCUGGUGAAUGUAUUAAUCUUCGGUUCUUUUGUGACGGAAUAUACGAUUGCCCGGAUAAAAGUGACGAAAUAUUGGAAGAAGCUGGAACAGGCUGUCAAAAUCCACUCAACGAUUUGAACCUACAAUGCAAGUUACCAGAACAAUACUUCUGUGACAGCUUCCAUCAUUGUUAUAAUAAAACAGAUGAAAACGAGACUUUGUGUAAGAAUAAAAAAUAUGGAAUGCGGUGCGAUAAGUAUGGUCAUUGUUUGAAUAAAUUGUUGAUUAACUGUGGUAACCAACUAGGUUACCAAUGUUCGGAUGAAAUACCAUGUAAAGGUGAUGUAUGUUCGCGUAGGGGAGGGUCAUCUCGUGUUUUGGAUUUGACAAACGAAUGUGAAUCUAUAUCAACGUUCAGCUGCAACUCCGGGGAAUGUUUGGAACCGGAUAAAUUUUGUGAUGGAAUAAUAGAUUGCAAGGAUGGGAGUGAUGAAGUUGUAGCAAAUUCAACAAAUGUUGGAGAAGGUACAGGAUUAUCCUGCAGCAAUAAAUGGAACAAUGUUGCAAAGCACUGUAUUCUGCCAUCCAGAUAUGUUUGUGAUAUUAUUGACCAUUGUGAUGAUAGAGUUGAUGAAUGCCAACCGGGAUGUAAACAUUCAUUUAUAUGUGACAACGGGAAAUGUCUAAGAGGGAAAAAAACUGUGCCCAGUAUUUGUGACGGGAAAGAUGAUUGUGGAGAUUCCAGUGAUGAAUGCAAUUCAAUUUGCCAAGGCAAAAAUAAUGUUUUUCAUUGUAAUGAUGAAAAGAAAACCUGUAUUGCAAUUGAAUUGUUUUGUAAUGGGCGUGUAGAUUGUCCAGACGGAAGUGACGAAAUUAUUUCGACUGAAAAUGUCACUGAUGGAACAAGCUGCACCAGCAGACACAACCCAUCUGGACUUCGAUGCGUUUUACCAGAACAUCACGUGUGUGAUGACGUCAGACAUUGCAAAGAUGUUGAAGACGAAAGAUAUUGUAAAAGUUCUGUAACUGAUGACUCCCAUUAUACAUGUAAAAACAAUAACACCAUAUAUGCUGCUACUAAGGUCUGUAACUUCAAGGAUGAUUGCUGCGAUUCAUCUGACGAAUGCGGAAUACCAGGUUGUAACAAAACCUUUACUUGUCCAAACAACGGAAAAUGCAUUGCUUUCGAUAAAUUUUGUGACGGUAAUGACGACUGUGAAGAUGGAAGCGACGAAAUAACAUCAAAUAUGAGCGGAUUUAUGUGCGAAAAUAAAUUUAAUGACCACAACAAGAAAUGUGUUCUACCACAACAAUAUGUAUGUGAUAAUUUGGAUCAUUGCGAAAACAGGGCCGAUGAAUGUGGAUCCGACUGCCGUCAUUCGUUCAUUUGUGACGAUGGCCAAUGUAUAAAUCGAGGGGACUUUUGCGAUGGUACGAAUCACUGCAGAGAUAAUAGCGACGAACGGAUGGGUGAACUUGGUUUUAAAUGUGACGUAACUCAAAAGUUUGGUGACGUCAUUCGCUCUUGUGUACUUCCGCAAAAGUUGUUGUUCGAUGACACAUUAUAUUGCAAAGACCAUUCAGAUGAGUGUGGAAACAACGGAACGUGCUUCAAAUGCUUCAACGACGAUUUUUUCAUCUCAAAACGUCAAGUAUGUGACGGAAUAUUUGACUGUCCAGAUUUGAGUGACGAAUGCUUGUGUAUGGAGGAGAAUGAUAAUGUCUCAAAAGUAUGCAAUAGUUACUGCCAGGGACAAGACACAGAUUCUUGUACACAUUGUGAAAAUGAUCAGAUAGUAUGUGAUGGUGGUGACAAUUGCAUCAACGUUACAUACAUAUGUGAUGGAAUAUCACAUUGCGUGGAUGGUACUGACGAAGCUUCGUGUCAAGCGAAAAAUGAAGAAAAUUGGUCACGUCAAUCUGCAUCUCUUAACUUUAAAUGUGAGACAAAGAAUCCUCAAGGGUCUCCAGAGUACGCUACAAUGUGUGAUGGCAUUCCACAGUGUGCAUUUGCUGAAGAUGAAUGUUCUAUAAUCAAGCAACCUGUUAUGGAUCAAAAUGCUUCAAAAACCGAACGUCAGUUCCUGUGUGGAAACAAAACAAUGGAAGUCUGUAAAGCGCUAGAUAUAAAAGACGAUUUCCUCCACUGUCCCGGAAAACCUCAUCAUUACCUUUCAAAGGAUAUUUGCGAUGGUGUUGAAGACUGUGAAAGAACAUCACCAGAUAAAUUGAGUCCCGAUGAACAAGGAUGUAAAGAUCGCGUCAAGUGCCCAACGAGUCGUCCCAAAGAAUCACGAAAAUCAACGAUCCAUAUCAGUAGCUUUUGUGACGCAAGAAUAGACUGCGAAGGGGAAGAAGAUGAAGCAGAAGAACUAUGCCAAGGUAAAGGGUUGCGUCGGUUUUACUGCGAGAGCAGAAAACUUGGAGAUAACAGCUCAGAUCCCGGGCCUCUGUUCGUGACGAGUCAAGAAGUUUUGGAUGGGAAACCCGAUUGCAAAGAUGGAAGUGAUGAAUGUCCAACAAAACUGUUUCACGAUAACAUGUUUUCAUCUCGGCAUAGGAUGAUUAAAAACGUGAUUUUGAGUGGUGUUGUGUGGAUAAUGGGAUUAUUAGCUUUCUUCGGAAACUCCAUUGUGAUGUAUCACAGCAUAACCAAACUACGAUCACAGACAAGAUUCUCGCCCAUGAUGAGGAGCAACUACAUUUUAGUUUUUAACUUAGCAACUGCUGAUUUAUUGAUGGGAGUUUACUUACUGGCUUUGGCAAUUCAAAACUCGAAAACGAAUGGAAAGUAUUGUCGAUAUGACCAGGAAUGGCGAACGGGAUCUGUUUGUGCGUCACUAGGAAGUCUAGCAAUGAUCUCGAUUCAAUCUUCUGUUUGUUUUUUGGUUAUUUUAACAACUUAUAGAAUGAUUGCAGUGUUGAGACCUUUCCGUGUUGAUUCCCUUCGAGUAAGGUACACUGUCGUAUUCGUCGGCUUGAUCUGGUUUUUCUCACUCUUCAUUGCGAUUGUACCAAGACUUCCUGAUUUCAAGAACUAUUUCGUUUCUUCUGUUUAUAUAUCUCCCGGUGUUUAUUUCUUUGAUACAAACACACCAACAAAGAUGGAGUUGAGUGACUUUGCAAACGUAUUAUCAGCAUAUUCACACGAUUUUGAAAACACUGGCAGUUUAUCUUGGCAACAAAUUCACCAUUCAAUAAAAAGUCGAUACCCCCAGGAUUGGCCCGAAUUGCGGAUAUUGGGAGAGUUCGGUUAUUACAGUGGUCACAGCGUUUGCUUACCACAAUUGUUUCUCAAGGUGAAGGACAGUGCUUGGUUGUUUUCUAUUAUCAUUAUGCUGUUUGACUUCUUGUCUUUCCUGUAUAUAGUGAUGUCUUAUAGACUAAUUUAUAAUGAUGCAUCGCGCCAAGGAGCGUUGAGAGAAAACAGAUCAGCUGUUGACGAAAAUAAAACAUUGCAGUCUCGUAUCACACGACUUGUUUUAGCGGACUUUUUCUGCCUGGUUCCUGUUUGCUUGACAUCUUUUCUCAGUGUUCUUGGAGUCGAAAUAAAUCCGGUAGCUUAUGCGAUAGCUGCAAUCGUACUUCUGCCAAUCAACAGCGCGUUAAAUCCUAUUUUAUAUUCGAAUGUUUUUGGAGUUUUUUACAAGGGCCUGUUACAGUUCGUGCGUCACUUCAACAACUGCUUGUCUGGGGAAAAUUCUGAUGACGAAGCGAAGGAAACCUUUCGGAGGAAAUUAUCGCAAAGCUAUUCAACUAGAGCAACACUGUUUCAGUUACAACCGACACAUGACCUCGUCGAUUACGACAAAUGAAGAAUUGGAUGAAAUGAAAAGCUUGAGACGAGAAAGUAACGAUUCGUGGAACACAGCUAAUCAAUGCAACCUAUCUGCAGAAACAACCAGACUUUCUAUUUAAGCGUUCAGAUUAUCAACAUGGUUGCUAGUUUUUGGCGGCGCGGUGUACUAGAGGUUGAAGCGUUCUAACUGUGUUGGCAUGCAGUUUAUUCAUCUCGGUUUGAGCCCCAUGCCGCCCAUCUCACCCAGGGUGUAAUAAAUUGGGUAGGCAAUGCAGAACCGGAAAAAAAAUUCCGGUCCUUCCUAAUAAACACGAGCCCUUACAUAUCGUGAGAUAUUAGUUGUGAUUGUACAGGGGAAACAGAGUACUCGUUAAAACUGCAACAUUUUAUACAAAAUAUUAGGCCCAUACGAAAUUCAAAAAAUAAUAAAGUACCGUAAUAGAAUUCUAGCGACAUUUUCCAUCUUAAGUAGAACAAGGAUAUGCAGAGUCAAAAUUUAAACCCCGCAAAUUAUUUCCCUCGAAACAUAAAUAUGUCAAAACUACAUUGACCGGAUUGGAAAGUAUGAAGGAUAAUCUUUGUUGAAUUUUCAAAACACGCAAAUAAAUCAAAGGUAUCGAUUUGAUUUCAAUUUUGGCACCUAGAAUUUAAGUAAAUAUGCUAAAUCAAUUUUUUUUGUUCUAGCACAAUCAACUUGUAAUGGCUCUAACUUUUUCUAAAAUUGACCCGUACUACUUCGUUAGAUAAUGACAAUAUUCAAUUCGCUCUUUACUACUUUGGGACACUCCAUUUUUAAAGUAACAAAAUCAGUAAUUUUGUUUUUGCGAUUGUUGUAUUUAUCUCUUUUCUUAAUUUUUCUCUUCAUGACAAUUUUAUUAAAGUUAUCAAAAAUUUCUAUACAUCUAUAAUAUUUUCAAAUUUUUAAUAUCUAAAAAUAUAAAUUAUAACAUGCUGUCCCGUUUUUUUUCGUUUCUUUUGUAACUUUAAUAAAGUGCAGUAUGAUGUCAUUGAAAAUAAUAUUGAACAAUAUGUCUGUUGAUAUAGUGUUUUGUAUUGUUUCAGACACUCAAUUUUGAGAUAGUUCACGCAUGGAGUUUCCAUCUAUAAAUUGAUUUCAACUAUUUCGAAUGCUUAUAUGUUAUAUUUUUCUUAUUUCAAAUUAAAUAUUGAAAAUAGAAUGUCCCGAAUAUUGUGAUUAAAUCAUUAUAACAAUUGUUCGAAAACAACGAAUAUUUUGAUAAGAGUUCCCAGAACAUGCACGACAUACAUAUUUUUCUGCCUAGUGACCUUGUAUCAUUAAAAUGUUCAAUAUUAUUUUAUGAUUGACUGCUAAUGACUCAAAAAUAUUGUUUAAUUGUAAUUUCAUCACCAAUCAUUUCGUCCUCAAUGUUAUCAUUAGAUUAUUAUUCAUUUAAAUAUUUAUGUAACGUGUUCUCCCAUUCUUUUUUACAUGUGCAAUAAAGUAAC